AUGGGUGACACCUGCUUGCUGGCACCAUUCCUCGCUGUAGUUCGCGAUAUUUCCACCUCUAUUCCGACUGCUACCUCCACUACGUCGCUUCGAGCGCAGCCUACCGAACCGUGCGGUGCUCAAUGUCAUUUUAACUCUACUAUGAGACCAUCACUAGCUCUACUCGGACGCCAAGGUCCCGCUUUGAUCCGAACAGCUCCCUCCACCAUGCUGAUCGGACCGAUGCUGCACAGAGUUUCAACCCGUUUCGACCCGACUACAUAG